AGCCCACUUUCGUCGGAAGUUUAGUACGAAUUGGUAGCAACUACAACCAUCGGACCUCGUUAGUCGUUAUGGAAAAGAAAUGGGUAAGUGGCUGUUCGAGUUAGGGAACAGAACAUUUUUUGGGCUUACGAAUUCUCAAUUUCUCAUGCAAGCAUGGACCUAGCAAUCCGACUUUAGCAUGAAGAAGACCUUGCUACCAGUUAAUACAAAGUGGCCCUCCUCUCCCCACGGUCGGCCAAUCAGUGAGGAAAGUGCUGAAUCAGGAACAAGUGAAUAGCGCCUCGUCACUUGGACAACCAAGAUGCAAGACGACAGGUUAAACUCUCCAAGUACUUCUGCAAUUAGUUUCGAUGUUAUGGGCCAAAAUCUUCUUUUCUCUCAGGAUCCAAAUUCAAAGCAUUUGGGGACUACUUUGUGGGAUGCCUCCAUGGUAUUCGUUAAAUUCUUGGAAAAGAAUUGCAGGAAAGGGCAGUUUUGUGCUGAGAAGCUGAAAGGAAAACGAGUUGUUGAACUUGGAGCUGGUUGUGGACUGGCUGGAUUUGGCAUGGCAAUUCUGGGAUGUGAUGUUAUAUCAACAGACCAAGUUGAAGUCUUGCCCCUGCUUAUGAGAAACGUUGAGCGGAAUACUUCGAGGAUCACACAAGCUACAGGAAAUUCGUGUUCAGCCUCUUUCGGUUCCAUUGAGGUGGCAGAACUGGACUGGGGGAACCAAGAUCAUAUAAGAGCUGUUGAUCCUCCCUUUGAUUAUAUUAUUGGCACAGAUAUUGUCUAUGCUGAGCAUCUCUUGGAGCCACUUUUCAUGACAAUUCUUUCUCUAUCUGGACCUCGAACAACAAUCAUGCUGGGAAAUGAACUCCGUUCUACCACAUUGCAUGAAAAAAUGAUGAGAAUUUGGAAGAGCAUUUUUGAGGUGAAGCAGGUCCCCAGAAAAAAGAUGGAUAGCAAGUACCAACACGUGAACAUCCAGCUAUUCAUAAUGAAACCAAAAUGUCAGACGGGAAAUAUAGGAGGUGCACACCAGAUGCUCAAUUUGGAGGACGGAGGACCUGGCUGUGUAAAGAACAAAAGUCUAGAGGUUAUAGGUGGUGAAAGUGCUAAUGAGGAGGAAUUUGCUAACGACAAUGAAGAGAUAGAUGGAGAAGAAGAGGCAGCAAGCAGCUAGUUAUCAGAUGAAUGGGAGGUGAGGAGAUCUGGUGCAUUGGCUGCUGCUCUACUUAAAAACGUAAUGAUUAAAUGAAAGAGAGGACUCACAAAUUUUUUUAACUUGGUAACCAGUUCAUGGCAGUUUAUCCUCAACAAUGCAUACCAUUGUGACAAUUUUUGGUUUGCAAUUAAUCAAUUUACAACACGCUUAUUUAUCAUCAGUUCUUUGAGGAAUUUUGUUGUGUACUACAAUUAUGAGAUAAUAUACUGGUUUGAGGUUUUCUGUAUUUUGAAACUUUAUUAUUAGGUAGUUAUUUGAAUUUUUAAAUACUUA